AUGGAGACAAACGGUGUCGUUUCGAUUGAUGUCGAUGCUGAAGAGGUUCAUGUUCUGGCCGUUGAUGAUAGUUUAGUUGAUCGGAAAGUCAUUGAACGGUUGCUCAAAAUUUCAGCUUGUAAAGUUACUGCUGUGGAUAGUGGAAUCAGAGCACUGCAAUUUCUGGGAUUGGAUGAAUCUGAUGGUUUUGUCCCGGGUUUGAAGGUGGAUCUAGUCAUUACAGAUUAUUGCAUGCCUGGAAUGACUGGUUAUGAGUUGCUUAAGAAAAUCAAGCAGGAAUCGUCCAGUUUCAGAGAAAUUCCUGUAGUUAUUAUGUCUUCAGAAAACAUUUUGCCACGCAUAGACAGAUGUUUGGAGGAAGGUGCAGAGGACUUUAUAGUAAAACCAGUGAAACUAUCUGAUGUGAAACGUUUGAAGGGUUACAUGACAACAAGAGAUGUUAGAGGGGAAACUGAAAACAGAGAAAUUAACGUUAACUUUAACGGUAACGUUGAAGGUAACAAUGGAGUGGGAAUCAACAACAAAAGGAAACUAGAGGAAGCUUCUGAUGAGUUUUCAUCAGAACCGUCCAUUUCAUCAUCACCGUCGGUGUCACUUUCAUCAUCUCCGAUGUCUUCUUCACCUGAUGUGCUUGAUUCUCCGAUCCGACGGCUUAAAAUGGCCGACACUGAAUGA